AUGGAGGAUCAAUGGUUUGUCCAGGGUUCUUUAAAUAUGAAUAGAGCAGUUCACGGAGACGUUGUAGUUGCUCAACUUUUGCCAGAAUCUGAGUGGACUGCCCCAGAGAAAACUAUUCGAUUAAGAGACGCUGAGGAAACCCAAAAUGAGGGGGAUAAUUUACCUGAUGCUGAUGGGGAAGAGGAAGAUGAUCAAGAAGAGGAUUUGGAAGAUAGUGAAGCACCAGAAAUGAAAGGCAAAAAAGGUUUUUUAUUUAUUGAUUUUAACCUGUGCUGGAUAGGGGGCAUUUUGUGGCACCGGCUCCUAUCUUUUUCAAACCGUGGCUCCAUGAUCUAG